AUUGUUGCAAGGUUAUGAUUAAGAUUGUGUUGAUUAAUAUUUUUUUGUUUAUGUCUUUGUGCGGUGAGAUGAAUGGAUGAAGUCGGCUUUGAUGUGUUCUGUGGAAAUAGAGGCCAGGAAGCUUCAUCAAUACAGGAGCAUUGGAGGUGAGAAGGAUCACGGACUUGUUGUGUGAAGUGUUGUAAUGUCACGGACUUUGUCAUCUUGUUGCGUCUUGUACUCUUGUGUCUUGUAUUGUCACGGGCUUUGUAUCUAGUCUAGUACUCUUGUUGUGUAGUGUCCAUUGUACUACUCCUGUUGUAGUGUCACGGACUUGGCAUCACUCUUGUUUCAUAAUUGUACCAAACACAAAAGCUUCUGUCUAUAUAUUGCACUUUCUAUUACUCAAGUUUCAUAUCUUCUCUAUAUAUUGUACCAAACACAAAAGCUUCUGUCUAUAUAUUGCACUUCAUAAUUGUACCAAACACAAACUCUCAAGUCUCUUUAAUCACAAGUUUCUCUUUUCUCUCUUUGAUCAGAAGUUCACGUUGAAAAAAAAAAAGAUCACAAGUUUCUCUCUAUGGCUUCUUCUUCUCAAGAUCCUUUUGAUUCUUUUGAUGCUGCAGUUGAUGAUGCAUUUGAUGAUCUCUUUGAGCAAGCCUUUGAGAAUAUUUCCAUUCAUGUUGAUCAAGAAGAACAAAAAAAGAAGAGAAAAAAACGAGCUUAUAUCGAAAGACAUCGUGAAGAAGGGCAUAUUCGUUUAUGGAAUGAUUAUUUCAGUGAAACUCCAACUUAUCCAGAUAAUAUCUUCCGACGACGUUUUAGAAUGAACAAGCCAUUGUUCAUGUACAUUGUUGAUCGACUCUCCAACGAAGUUCAAUAUUUUCGGGAAAAGAAAGAUGCUCUCGGAAGAAAAAGUCUCUCUCCCCUUCAGAAGUGUACUGCAGCCAUUCGUGUCUUGGCAUAUGGUUCUGCGGCAGAUGCGGUCGACGAAUACCUCCGGCUCGGUGAAACAACAACUCGGUUAUGUGUGGAAAAUUUUGUGGAAGGGAUAAUAUAUUUGUUCGGCGAUGAAUACUUAAGAAGACCAACCCCGACUGAUCUUCAGCGACUCCUUUACGUUGGAGAACAUCGUGGAUUUCCCGGGAUGAUAGGAAGCAUCGAUUGUAUGCAUUGGGAGUGGAAGAAUUGUCCCACCGCUUGGAAAGGGCAAUAUUCUCGUGGUUCGGGUAAACCAACAAUCGUUUUAGAAGCGGUUGCUUCGUAUGAUCUCUGGAUAUGGCAUGCCUUUUUUGGACCUCCAGGUACCUUAAAUGAUAUCAAUGUUCUUGAUCGCUCACCUGUUUUUGAUGACAUAAUAAAAGGUCAAGCUUCUCAAGUCACUUACUUUGUCAAUGGAAGAGAGUAUCAUAUGGCUUACUAUCUCACCGAUGGUAUUUAUCCGAGAUGGGCCACUUUUAUCCAAUCUAUUCCACUGCCACAACACCCGAAGGCUGUUUUAUUUGCUUAACAUCAAGAAGCUGCCCGAAAAGAUGUCGAACGUGCUUUUGGAGUCUUGCAAGCUCGGUUCGCCAUUGUCAAAAAUCCGGCGAUGUUUUGGGAUAAAGUCAAAAUUGGGAAGAUUAUGAGAGCAUGUAUCUUAAUACAUAAUAUGAUAGUAGAAAACGAACGAGAUGGAAACACUCAAUUUAAUGUUUCAGAGUUCCAACAAGGAGAAGACAACGGAAGUGCACAAGUCGAUCUCGAUAUUUCCCAUGAAAUGCAUACAAAUAUCGCCAAUAUGAUGGAUGUUCGAACUCGAAUUCGUGAUGGACCAAUGCAUCACCAACUCAAAGCUGAUUUGGUUGAACAUAUAUGGCGUAAAUUCGGACCUGAUGAAGACAUUGACUGAGCUCGGAAGCUUCUUUCAAUUAUUAUUCUCAUUUAUUUUCUUAAUCUUCAUUUCUAUGUUUUAUUUGAAAUUCAAUGUUUAAAAUGUUAUGUUUAAUAAUUUUAUCAAUAAAUUUUAAGAUAAAUAAAUAAUUUUUUUUUUUAAAAACCCUAAAAUUAGAGACUUGCAAUGGACACACUUAUUUGAAGGUCUCUAUCUUAAAUUUCUUAAAGUCACUUUUCCAACUUAAUAAUAUUAAAAAAAUAAUUAGAACCCCUAAGUGAGUAUUAGGGAUAAGGAUGCUCUUAUAUAUAUUGAGGCUUACUGUGACGUUUGGUGUUUGAAGAAGUAAAAGUCUGAAAGUUAUGUCCAUGGUUUUUAGGGCAAGAGAUAAAUGUAAAUCGAUCUAUCUUUACAACUUCUUCCACGUAAGUUAUCCUAAAUUAAAUAUGAAAAGUCACCAUAUUCUUCCAUUCAUUAUACUUUGAACUCCUUGGAAAAGAUGAAAGAGAGAGUAACACAUAAAUGAUCCACAUUAACGUAUGUACAGAUUGUGUAUAUAUUUGUGGAGGAACAAGAAGAUAGUAAAAUUUACAACUUAAGUCACAAUUCUUUUUCUUCCUCUGGUGGGAAUAACACAAGAGACAACGUUCAAACGUGAUGAAGCAAAAAUGAUCCAACAA